AUGUAUUACCUUGAUUUGAGAUUAACUGUUACAAAUGAACAUGCAGGAAUUGUUCAUAUAUUAUCAAGUCAAUCAAAAAGUUUACCCGAAAUAUCAUUAAAUAAAAGUGAGGAAAACCUUAUUGCACCAUUUAUUAAAUUAUCACCUUUAAUAUGUCAACAAAUUGUUGUACCAAGAAAUGAAUGUAUAUUUGAACUUAAUACAGAUUCAGAUUUUGUAAAAGUUAUUCUUACUCCUAUUGAUCAAUUAUUAAGUCUUAACUUUAGAACUGAUAAACCAAAUACAAGAUUUUUUACAGUUCAUUAUACAAAUAAUCAAAUAUUAAAUAUUGAUAUUGUUGAUGGAUAUCUCUUAACUGUAAAUCAUUUAAUUCACCCCCUAAAAUUUAUAUCAUCAGGAAAAUGGCAUCAUUUAGCUAUUGAUUUAAAUAAUGCUGUAAUUUAUAUUGAUGGUAUUACUACAGCAAUCUCGAUUACUCCUUCAAAUGGGCAGGAUCAUAGAAAAAUGAUUUCAUCAAUUGAUUUUAAUUUAAAUGGCCAAAUAACAAAUAUACAUCUAAAUACAGAACAUAAUAUAUUAUGUGAUGGUGAUUCUAAACUUAAUAUUCAAAUGACACAAAUGUUUCUUAGAAAAAUUUGCCCCCAUUACAGUGAAAAUUAUUGUCAUUGUCAGGCUCCUCUUUCAGCUUUAUCUUUUGGUAACAAAAAUAAAUUAUACAUGUGUGAGAAUGACAAAAAAAAAUUAAAUGGUUUUCAGUUGGCGAGAACUACAAAUAAAGUUUCCUUUUUAUUUUUACAACAUGCUUUUGAUAAUUUUAAAAGUUUAUCGGUAUCUUUUAAGUCUGACUCCAAUACAGGUUUAAUAUUUUUUGGUGUUUCUAAAUUAUCAAAAUCUAAAGAAAGUUCAAUUAUUCAAAUUCAUUAUGUUAAUGAGGAGAUGUUUGCUUUACAAUGCUUCAAGACAGAUACCCUUUCAAGGCGUUGCCAGGCCUGUCAAAUUAGAAAAAAAAAUGGUUUUGCUUUAGAAGAAUGGAUAACUGUAUCACUUUUUCAUUAUAAUGAGUACCAAUUUUUGACGGUUGAUGAACAGAUCUGUCAACUAAUACCAAAUACUCAUGAUUUUGAUAGUUCAUUAUUAUAUAAAAUAUCUGAAAAUGUUGAAAAUGCUCUUUUUGUUGGUGGUAUGUUUUAUGCUAAAUCAUCAAAUCUUUGGAAAAAAAUGAAUACUGAAACAAUUACUCCUUAUCUUGAUACUACACGUGAAAAACCACCAAGUUUACGUGGUUGUAUUAGUAAUUUAUUUGUAAAUGGAAAAAAACAAAAGUUAGAUAAAAUUUUUAGUGAACAAGUAGCUUUAUUUUCACGUGAUAAUAAUGAGAAUGUUUUUGAUAUGACAUCACAUUGUAAUACAUGUCCAGAAGAGUAUGAAUGUCAUAAGGCAAGAUGUCGUCCUUCAACUCCAAUAUUAGGUUCUGAAUCUGUUUGUGAUUGUGCAAGUAUAUCAGCAAUUAGAAAACCAAAUUCUCAAAGUUGUUUACUACCAGAUUAUGUUAAUAAUAAUAUUACAAUAAAAAAAGAAGAAACAACAGUUGAAAAUUUAUUACUUACUCAUUCAACACCAAUAAUAAUAGAUAAUAUAAAAUUUUUUGGAAAUAGAAGAGCUGUUAUGGAUAAAGUAUUUUUAUUAAUAAGAUUUCCAUCAUCAUCAGAUAGUUUAAUUACUAUACUUGAUUUUGGAUCUAUUCGUUUAUUAGUUGGAAAUAAAGGUACAAGAGUAAUAGUAGAAAUUGACUUUUCUCAUAGAGAAGAAUUUAUUAUAAGUAAUAAUGAUAACAGACUUAAUUUAUUAAAUUUUGAAAGAACUCCAUUUAUUGGUACAACAUCAGAAUCAAGAUCAAUUAAAAUUCAACUUAAUGAUGAUAUUAGAUAUAUUCCUAUUGAUGAAAUACCUUUAUCAAAUGGUGCUGAAUUGACAAUUUCUCCUGUAGUUUCAUCAAAUACUGUAAAAAAUCUUGGAUGUAUUGUAACAUUUUCAGUUUCCUAUGAAUACAAAGAAACACAACAUUCACAUUAUCCCGAAAAUAGAAUUGAUCAAAAAGAUAUUUUAAGUUUAAUUAUUAGUGAAAUAAAAAAACAAGAUUCAGGUUUAGCUAAAAAUCUUAUACAAACAAAACCAUGUGGAAUACGAGAUAGUUCAUUAUGGUCAUUUCCAGGAACAUCAUCUAUUGGUUUGUUAAGUGAAUACACAUCAGAUCCAUUUUUUGAACCAAAUAUUGGAAAAAAUAGUUGGAUUCAUUUUUUGUUUUUCUUAAUUAUUAUAGUUUUUCUAAUACUACUUCUGAUAUGUUUAUGUUUUAAUUGUGUUAUUCGUUGCCGGCGUGCUGGUAGUUAUAAAACAAAAAGUAAAAUUGAUUCCUCAAAAACAAAAGGAUAUAAUAUAAUAAAACGUCCAUUACCUAAAGAUGGUAAAAUGAAACGUUCCUGUAAAUCACGAUUACAACCUGAUGUAUCAGAAAAAGAAUAUCUUCAAUAUGAAUCAGUAAUAGGAUCUGGUAUUAUAGAAUAUUCCCCAAAAACAACAUCUACUCAUACUCCAUCUUCACCUGAUGAGUGGCAAAGGCAACCAGUCAGAGCUAGUAGAACAUACAUUGAAAGACUUUCAAAUAUGAAAUCUAAUAAAAAUAAAAAUAAUAAUAAUUUUGAUACACCAAUAAUAUCAAAUCAAAAAAAAUUAUCCAACAAAUAUUCAAACAAAAGUGAUAGUUUUUUAAAUGAUUCAAUUGAUUUUGGUGAUUCACCACCAACUUAUGUAUAUAGAGCUCCAAUAGCAUUACAGGAAGAUGAAUUUAGAAACGGACCAGAAAAAUCAUCAACAUAA